AAUAAAUAAUGAGGCCCAAACCUGCAAUUAUUCCCAAGAAAAUUUACUGCUCAAGCAUAAUAUGCCCCCGUCGGUUGAUUUAAAAGAUUCAAUUUUUAGGGGUUUAGGAUUUUGCGUUUUGCACAAUAACUCUUGAAUAACAGAUUUCUCUUCAACGCCUCCGAACUACUCACUGCUACUGAAGAUGGGAAAAGCCAAGAAAACUCCUAAAUUUGCUGUCAUGAAGAAAAUCGUCACCAACAAAGCAAUUAAACAGUACAAGGAGGAUGUUUUAAACCCUAACAGGAAAGACUUGACCAAGGAGAAACUCCCCCGCAAUGUGCCGCAAGUUUCAUCAGCGCUUUACUUCAAGCAUAAUACUGCUUUAGGGCCUCCAUACCGAGUAUUGGUGGAUACCAACUUCAUCAAUUUCUCCAUCCAAAAUAAAUUGGAUUUGGAGAAAGCAAUGAUGGACUGUUUGUAUGCAAAAUGCACUCCGUGCAUUACGGACUGUGUUAUGGCUGAGCUUGAGAAGUUGGGUCAGAAAUAUCGAGUUGCUUUGAGAAUUGCAAAGGAUCCUCGAUUUGAAAGGCUUCCCUGUAUUCACAAAGGAACUUAUGCUGAUGAUUGUCUUGUUGACAGGGUUACUCAGGUAUAAAACAAUAAAUAUCCGAUAUUUAGACUCUAAGGCCUUUUUAUUCCAGCCUUUUCUAAAGCAUUGAAUUUUUUUUUCAAAAUGGUUAAAACUUAAAAUGGCCUGUUCUGAAUUUAAAAAAACAAUCAUACCAAUUCAAUUUUGCCUUUUCAAAUCAUAUUUGAUGUGUU